AUGGCGCAGAUCCCCGCCAACCUUCCCCCAUCAUUGCAGCUCCUCCUGCAGAAACAACAGGAGCACUCUGGCCUGCAAGCACUGCGGGAAGCGAGCGGCGACCUCGUCAAGCGUGUCGAGAAGCUCGCCGAGAGCACAAACGUGAUGGCAGAUGGAGGCAAGGGUACGUGCUUCCCUCAUCCCAGUCCAAAGCUAACCCCAGCCAUCGGAGACGUCAUGCAGAACUGGUCGUACGUGUGGACGAUUCUAGAGCAGUUGCAGAGCUCGGCGAAGGGUACCGAGGAAGAAGGGCCGGAACCUGUCCCGCAGCUUGUGAGGUUGGUGUACAAGGAGGUCGAAGGCGGGGAGGACGAGCGGCCAGCCGAGGAAGGCAGCCAGCCGCAGCGAUGA